AUGCCGCGCUCCGCAGCGCAGCCGGCACAGCCGGCAAACAUUGAGGCGAUGGACCUUCACAACGCAGCCAGAAAUUGUCUCCCUGCAGAUGCGUUAGGUUCUACAGUGGCUGAAACUACAGAAGCAGAUCUCCAAGCUGGCAGUGAACCGUGCUCUUCAGUCUCUCCGCAGGAGUCGAACGGUGGCGCUGAUGACAACACACAAGCAGAAAGGACGGCUGUAGAGAAGAUUCAUCUCCUCCCUGUCUCUCGGGAGGCUCCAAAGGACUGGGUCUUCGCCACCCUCACACGGCUUAUGAAGGAAGGGAAGGCUGUUCGUCAGUAUCUGUACCUAAAAGUCAAGCGCCCGGCCAGGGAGUCGAAUAGCUCAAAGACCAGGACAAGGGCUCAGGAGCAGAGGCAGCAACAGCAAGAGAUGCAACAGCAACGGCAGGAAGAAAAGUCGGGACAGGAACAGGAACGUCAGCAACAGCAUCAAGGUGGCGAACCGGGCAACAGGUCAGAAGAAUCUAACGAUGACUACACGUACAUCGUUGUUGCGUGUCUGCCGCAUUCAGGAGUUAUAACGUCGUCCACCCUCGUCUUCACGUCAGGAAGUCCUCUCCAGCCUCUGCGCCGAGUGCAGCUAUUGGCCCUUAUCCACCCAAACAGCGCUUAUGCACGCCGGGCAGGCGUUGCCUCUUACUCAGAGGCACUACAGAGAGGGGUUGUGGGCGAAUAUAGCACCAGCAGCAACAGCAACAGUGGCAUCCGCGACGACCAGCGAAAUCAGGGGCCCUAUCGCCCCACAGUAACCUCGGAAAGCAACAACAGCAACAACAGUAGAACCCUCACAGAAAGCACUGCAGAAGCCCCAGCUUCAGGUGCUGAAGCAGAGCACCGUCAUCGGCAGCUAGGCUCUCCUUUCGACUGGGGCUCUCCAGAUGGUAUUGGAGAGAGGCGACGAAGACGGCAAGUGCCGCAGAGAGAGUACAACCGAGCGGAAGAAGUCAUUGCUGCAGUACUCAAUGAUUCCGACCACGGAUCGGAGUCGGGUGAAGGGGAGUCGGGUGACGAGCAAGACAUGGGUGGAGGCAUACCUUUCCGUCUCUGUGAUGCUCCUGGGCCUGAAGAAUACCUCACAGCGUCUGUUUCGAGCGAUCAAAGGAGACAGCAGGAUAAGCAGCAGCAAGGUCAGGAACAGGAGCAGCCUUUGUUCCGGCAGCAACGGACUUUGCAGCUGAACUUUAACUUCUCGCCUUCCUCCGGCGGCGACCGAUGUACUGGAGGCGGAGGGAGUGAGUUCCCAAGGUCUGGAUCCCGUGAAAAUGGGGCGUUCAACUUAAGUGAAGAAGUAUUGUUUCAUGAUUUCGUUGCCCCCUACUUUCUGGCACGGAGUGGGGGAGCGUCUUGCCUCCCCUCACCUGCCACGUCAACAUAUGGUGACAGCUGUCGCGACACCGCAGUGGUUGUGUUUCCCGGUAAAAAGCUUGUCAUCAAAGAUUUAACGUUUGUUGUUUGGGCUACAGAUCCGGGCAACGGACCAGGCUUCGUCUGGAAGGACACGGCUAUCUACAUAUCCGUGGAUCCUUGGGGCGAGUAUAGGCGAGUUCACAUAUUGCCUUUUGCGGACACAUUGCCGACGACAUAUUCUUUCCGUCUUUUCGAGGAUUAUUUGCAACCCUUUCUAAAGGAGCAGCCCUGGCGAUUGAUAAGAAAGGGGGACAUAUUCACCUUCAGGGGAGUUGAAUUUAAGGUUAUUGCCACGGAACCCUCCACUGUACCUGUCGCUCGUGUAGGACCAGAGACAGUUGUACACUUUGAGGGGUCUCUUAAUCCUUCCCUGAUCGACAUUUUGCCUCCGGAGAUCCUCUCCCGCGUCCGCCGCCUCCCGGCGCGGGUGCAACCCUUUGCCAUUGUGGCAGCAGCGCAGUCAUUGGAUCCGCAGCUUCUUCUGAGGGUACUCCCUUCUGGAGGUAUGAGGGGAGGUUCUCGGGGGAUCGAUGAGGGCUUAGAGGCGGCUGUGAAGCGGCAGCUGGUGGGGCCUUUUUGCUUUGCCGAAUACCAACGGGUGUAUGGUCACCUAUGCACGCGACCGCAACAGGAGGAAGUGCACAAGGGAACAGAACGGGAGACAAGAGGCGCUGCUGCGGUGGUAACACCGGGGAAGGCACUGCAGGCUCAAUCUUUAUCAACAUCCGCGGCUUCGUCAGCAGCCCCAACUGGCGGGGGCGAGCCGGAGGCGCCCAGCUGCACCGUUUGUACGCUGCAGCUGCAAGAUGGCACAGAAGGGCUGGAAGCCUUUAUACGGAUACGUCCAGCCUCAAAGUAUACGGGUAUGUCGAGCUUCAACAUGGCCGAGGAGGUCGUUUGUGUUGACAGAAUAUCUGGUGGCCGUGGGGAGCUGUAG